AUGGAGAAGAGCAGAAUCUGGGCCACCAUCGUGCUCAUCCUUCUGGAUGUCACUACUGUAGUCUCGCUCUUCGUGGCUGCGACACGGCCUUUCAGCAAUCGCCUCGUGGACUUGAUCCUCCUGGCCGGAAGAGUGUUGGGAGGCAGUAUCCUUUCCACGUUCGCCGUGCGGCUGGCCUUGGGACACUGGCCUUGGACAAGUGGUAAUGGCCAUGACCUCGGGGAGGUGCAGCGCGAGCUCACCCGGGCCAUAUCGGGUGAAGAACCGCCCCGGGCGCGGCAAGCGCCACUCCUGGCCUCCAGCUUUUCCAGCAGCGGUGGCGAUGCCAUGGCACAGCAGCUGGACGAUGCAGUGAGUUCUAGGCAGCAGGAGCUGAAGAAGCUGGAACGAGGUCAGAACUUCAGCAAGGUCGUGACGUACACCAUCUACGUCUUCUUUGCCUUGUGCUCGAUGAGGACUGCCAUUGAGGUGGUCAGCCUUUCCAGUGCCGAUUUCUGGAGCGGUUUCUGGAUCUUGGUCCAGGUCUGCGGCUUGCCGAUCAUGCAGAUAGAGUUCGUGCUCAUGAAAGGUCUAAUCCAGGCGGCCACAGCUGGGGAGAGUGUGACUAUGAAAGGAGUCCAUGAGCACCCUCUCUUCUGGACGGAUGUGGAGGGAAAAG